AUGGCGAGGAGAGACAAAGAUGUGGCUGCGUUGGAAUUCAUUGAGGAGGUGACGAGCAAGUGUGAGGAGGAGCAAAGGAAGGUUUUGGCUCAUAUUUUGAGCCAAAACGCCGACACCGAGUACUUGAAACGACAUGGGAUGAAGGGGUGUGUUGAUGUUGAGACAUUUAAGAAUAAGGUUCCAGUGGUGACAUAUGAAGAUAUUCAGCCUGAUAUUCAACGUAUUGCUAAUGGGGAUUUCUCCCCUAUUCUUUGCGCCCAACCAAUCACUGAAUUUCUUACUAGCUCGGGAACUUCAGCAGGAGAGAGAAAACUAAUACCAAUGACUUCUGAAGAGAUAGAACGAAGGUUGCUGUUUCCCAGCUUUUGCACACCCGUGAUGAACCAGUAUAUGCCAGGCCUAGACAAAGGAAAAGGUAUGUACUUCCAAUUCAUCAAAGCAGAAACAAAAACUCCGGGAGGUCUUGUGGCUCAUCCACUUCUCACAAGCUACUUCAAAAGUAGCUACUUUAGAAACCGACCUUAUGAUCCUUACAACGUUAACACUAGCCCACACGAGGCGGUACUUUGCCUUGACUCUUUCCAGUCCAUGUACACCCAAAUGUUAUGUGGCCUUUAUGACCGUCACGAGGUCCUCCGUAUAGGAGCCGUCUUUGCUUCUGGCCUCCUCCGGGCCAUCAACUUCCUCCAAGUCCACUUCCACGACCUUUGCCACGAUAUCAAAACUGGCACUCUUAGCUCAACUAUCACUGACUCGGACCUACGAUCCUGUAUGAGUAAGAUCAUGAGGCCUGACCCGGAGCUUGCGGAGUUUCUUAUCCAUACUUGUGAAGGUAAGAAUUGGGAAGGGAUAAUCACAAGGAUUUGGCCCAAUACAAAAUACUUAGAAGUGAUUGUGACUGGUACCAUGGCCCAGUAUAUACCUACAUUGGACUAUUAUAGUGGUGAGUUACCUAAGGUAUGUAUUAUGUACGCUUCCUCGGAGUGUUACUUUGGACUCAACUUGAACCCAACGUGUGCCCCCUCGGAGGUUUCAUACACUAUAAUGCCUAAUAUGGCAUAUUUCGAGUUCAUCACACUCGAGGACAGCUUGACCCCUCAGCUGGUAAACUUGGCUGAUGUAGAGGUCGGAAAUGAGUAUGAGGUUGUAGUCACCACCCAUUCAGGAUUGUACAGGUACAAAGUUGGGGAUGUGCUACAAGUGACAGGGUUCUAUAAUUCGACCCCACAAUUCAACUUCAUAAGGAGGAAAAACGUGCAAUUAAGUAUUGACUCGGAUAAGACGGAUGAGUCAGAGUUGCAAAAUGCGAUAGAGAGUGCAUCAGCUUUGCUCAAACCUUUUAACACAAGAGUUGUUGAGUACACAAGCUAUGCAGAAACCAAAACUAUACCGGGACAUUACGUCAUUUAUUGGGAGCUUUUAACUAAUGACACCACAACUCGGCUAGAUCAUGAGGCAUUGGGCCCAUGCUGUUUAGCCAUUGAGGAGGCCCUUAACUCGGUAUAUCGACAGUGUCGGGUUGCCGACCGAUCAGUUGGUCCGCUUGAGAUUCGAGUAGUGAAGAAUGGAACAUUUGAGAAGCUGAUGGACUAUGCAAUAUCAAGAGGAGCAUCUAUCAACCAGUACAAAGUGCCUAGGUGUGUGAAUGUCAUGCCUAUUGUGGAGUUGCUGGACUCUAAUGUAGUUAUGGCCCAAUUUAGCCCUUCUAUGCCACAUUGGAGCCCAUAAUUAGGAUCCAUUUAAAUGUGAGUUUUAGUGAAUGGGCUAAUGUUGAUAGCUCAACGUUGUUUCACUUGUACCGGUGUACUGUGUACAUCGUAUUUGUUUAUUGGGUCAUCUUUUUUU